AUGUUCUUCCUUUUUCGUUCUUCAUCACUCACUCUUUUCGAUUUAAAAUAUUUUUUCUUUCACUACCUUUUCUUCAAAUCGUUGUUUUUCGUUCAUUUUUGUUUCUUUCAAAACGUUUUUUUAUUUUCUUCUUUCAUUCCCUUUUUUCUACGUCUUUCCAUUUCUUUCCUCCUACCCUUUUCUUUCAUUUCUUUCUUUCUUUCUUUUUUCCUUCUUUCUUCCUUUCUUUUUCUUCUUUCUUUCUUUCUUUCUUUCUUUUUUCUUUCUUUCAUUUCUUUCUUUUUUCUUUCUUUCUUUCUUUCUUUCAUUUCUUUCUUUUUUCUUUCUUUCUUUCUUUUUCUUUCUUUCUUUCUUUUAUUUCUUUCUUUUAUUUCUUUCUUUUUCUUUCUUUUUUCUUUCUUUCAUUUCUUUUUUUCAUUUCUUUCUUUUUUCUUUCUUUCUUUUUCUUUCAUCCUUUCUUUUUCUUUCUUUCAUUUCUUUCUUUCAUUUCUUUCUUUUUUGCUUUCUUUCUUUUUUUCUUUCAUUUCUUUCUUUUUCUUUCUUUCCUUGAAUUCAAUUUCUUGUCCAAUCAUUUCGUUUUUAUUUCAUUAUACAAAUUCAUUCAUUCGGCUCUUUUCCUUCAUUCAUUUCUUUCCUUCCACUUUUUUCUCUUUCAUCCUCUGCGCGUUAUAUUCCUUGCUUUCUUUUUCUUAUAAGAUUUCAUUCUUUCAUGUGUUUUUUUUUCUAUUCCAUCCUUUCUCUUUUCAGUGUGCCUGUCGUAGAACGAGGAUUUACAAAGCAAACACAGAAGCUAUAUCUCGUGAAUACGGUUCUCACCGAGUGCCUAGCAAGUUUGGGACGAUCGUGCCUUCCUCUCUCUCUCUCUCUCUCUCUCUCUCUCACACACACACAUACACACUCUCUCUCUCUCUCUAUCUAUCUAUCUAUCUAUCUCUAUAUAUAUUCACAGUUUUCUCUUCUUCUUUUUUCUUUUUCUCUUUCUUUCUUUUUCUCCCUUUUCUCUCCCAAUCUUCCAUAUUUGUAUGUCUUUUCCUUGUCCUCCCACUUUUCCUCAUUGCAUCUUUCUCAAUAUCUGUAUAUGUAUUUUGCUUCUCCUCCCACUUUUCCUCAUCGCCUUUUUUUUCAAUAUUUUUUAUGUCUUUUCCUCCUCCCACUUUUCCUCAUUGCCUCUUUCUCAAUAUUUCAAUAUGUCUUUUCCUCCUCCCAAUUUUCCUCAUUGCUUCUUUCUCAGUAAUUGUAUAUUCCUUUUCUUCUCCUCCACUUUUUCCUCAGUGCCUCUUUCUCAAUAUUUCUAUAUGUCUUUUCCUCCUCCCAAUUUUCCUCAUUGCCUCUUUGUCAGUAAUUGUAUAUUCCUUUUUCUUCUCCUCACACUUUUCCUCAUUGCCUCUUUCUCAAUAUUUCUAUAUAUCUUUUCCUCCUCCCAAUUUUCCUCAUUGCUUCUUUCUCAUGCCUCUUUCUCAAUAUUUCUAUAUGUCUUUUCCUCCUCCCAAUUUUCCUCAUUGCCUCUUUGUCAGUAAUUGUAUAUUCCUUUUUCUUCUCCUCACACUUUUCCUCAUUGCCUCUUUCUCAAUAUUUCUAUAUCUUUUCCUCCUCCCAAUUUUCCUCAUUGCUUCUUUCUCAGUAAUUGUAUAUUCCUUUUUCUUCUCCUCCCACUUUUCCUCAUUGCCUCUUUCUCAAUAUUUCUAUAUGUCUUUUCCUCCUCCAAUUUUUUCCUCAUUGCCUCUUUGUCAGUAUUUGUAUAUUCCUUUUUCUUCUCCUCCCACUUUUCCUCAUUGCCUCUUUCUCAAUAUUUCUAUAUGUCUUUUCCUCCUCCCAAUUUUCCUCAUUGCUUCUUUCUCAGUAAUUGUAUAUUCCUUUUUCUUCUCCUCCCACUUUUCCUCAUUGCCUCUUUCUCAGUAUCUGUAUAUUCCUUUUACUUCUCCUCCCACUUUUCCUCAUUGCUUCUUUCUCAAUAUUUUGUGUGUCUUUUUCUUUUCCUUUUCUUUUUUCCUUUUCCUCGUUGCUUCUUUCUCAAUAUUUGUAUAUGUCAUUUUAUUCUCCUGCCACUUUGCCUCAUCUCCUCUCUCUUAA